AUGACGCACGGAGGAUAUCUAUAUUUUGCGCUGCCAUCAAAAUUGGUUACAGAACAUCCUCUCCACUUCAUUGGUCAUAUGCUGAGGAGGCCAGCAAGUCGCCUUGUUCAACGUGUUACGAGGAGUCUUUCGGGUUCACGCUGGAAGAAGCCACGUGGCCAAAAACAAAAGUUCUGCGCUGAAGUGGUGAAAAAGGACUUGAGAACACUCGGCGCCGAUGGGCAGUUCAGGAGAGACGUAAGGUUCCGCAGAUUAUGGAAUAGCAACGAAUGGAUUGAUUCUGUGCAACUUCUCGCAGAAGAUCGAGAAGCUUGGACAGAGUUAUCUUCAAAGACGGCAGAUCACAGCGAAGAUGCGGGCAAUUAG